UGGUGCCUGUGUGCGCCCUCCAUACGCAUGCGCCGUAGUAUCAUCGCUGCAGAGCGCUCGCGUAGGCUGCCAGUGAUACACACAUGCAGAGAGUCCGCGGAGAAGCGGCGGCACUGUCCUCCAUUCCCUCAGCCGCGAGAAUGCAGCGAUACUCAUAGCAGCACGCCGACGCGUUCUGACUCGCUCCGCCGCUGAUGGGUGAUUAGCUGGACUAGCCACGCAGAGGACCGUCUCUACUCGCGGGAGGACUAAGCAGAGGCACCAUGCCCCUUGUCCAGCGCAGCAUCGAGCCCAGGCACCUGUGUCGUGGCGCUCUGCCUGAUGGCGUCACCAGUGAACUGGAGUGUGUGACCAAUAGCACACUGGCGGCCAUCAUCAAACAGCUGGGCGGGCUCAGCAGGCAUGCGGAGGACAUCUUUGGAGAGCUGUUUACAGAGGCUAACAGCUUCUACCUCAGGAUGAGCGGCCUGCAGGAGAGAGUGGACCUGCUGGCUGUGAAGGUCACCCAGCUAGACUCCACCGUGGAGGAGGUGUCUCUCCAGGACAUCAACAUGAGGAAGGCGUUUAGGAGCAGCACCAUCCAGGACCAGCAGGUGGUGUCACGCUCCUCCAUCCUCAACCCCGUCAUGGACAUGUACCAACGCUGUGACAAGCCCCCACCCCUCAACAUCCUCAGCCCCUACAGGGAUGAUAAGAAGGAUGGUCUGAAGUUCUACACGGACCCGUCCUACUUCUUCAACCUCUGGAAGGAGAAGAUGCUGCAGGCCACCGAGAACAAGAGGAAGGAGAAGAGGAGGCAGAAGGUUUGUCUGUCGGAGCAGAAGCAGGUGGAGGACCCCGGCAGGGAGGUGAAGAAGGUCCGUAAGGCUCGUAACCGCCGACAAGAGUGGAACAUGAUGGCGUACGACAAGGAGUUCCGCCCGGACACACGCCUCACACCCUCACCCUACCACGGCAUGUCCUCAGAAGGAUCACUGUCCCCAGACAGGUCAGGGCUUUCAGACGAGAUGUCCUACCCCACCUCCCCCAGCCUCCCCAACCAGGAAGCAGCUGCCCCUGAUGGGAUGGAUCAUCUGACCAAUCCCAACCAGACCCAAUCUCUGGACCGCGCCUACCGCCCUCCUGCCUCUGCCGUCGCCGCGGCCACCGCUCGUCAGCACUCCCUGGGGCGCACCCAGCCGCACCCGCAUCACGGAGCCCCGCCCGCUGACUCCGCCCUGAACGGACCACGCCCUUCAACUACUAAGGACGCUAGCGGCCACCAGACUGAGCACUUCAUCCCACCCGCCCCCCCUCCGCCCCCCCCUCUCAUCCCCUCCGCCCAGACAGCCUUCGACAGCACCUCUGCCCCCUCCUCCUUGCCCCCCUCCCUUGCUCCCUCCCUCGCUGCCCUCUCCCGCCCCUACAGCCCCUCCCCACCUCCUCCCCCGCCAGCCAACUACGUCCCCUCCCCGUCCCACCCGGCCGGCGGCCCCCCUGCCGCCCCACCCCCGCCUCCCCCGGGCCCCCCCAGCCACGCCCUGUCCCCUGCACGGGGCCUACACCUCCCGUCUGGGGAGCCCAGGAAGGGGGCGGUGCCCGCCAUGCCCAUGACCGACGCACGCAGCGACCUGCUGUCUGCCAUACGCAGAGGCAUCCAGCUGAGGAAGGUGCAGGAGCAGAGGGAGCAGGAGGCCAAGAAGGAGCCAGUAGGAAACGACGUGGCCACCAUCCUAUCACGUCGCAUCGCCGUGGAGUACAGCGAAUCGGACGAGGACUCGGAGCCUGAGGAGAACGAGUGGUCCGACUGAGGAAUUUAGGGUGGGGGAGCCGGGGGGGGGGGAGGUGCUGCUAUUCCAAUACCUGGACACACAUUAACACACACUCACCAUACAUACACACGCACACACACAUGCAUGCACAUACAGGCACACAAACACACACGUACACAAUCAUCACAGGCAUUUGUCUCAGUUUCUAGGGAGAUACAUAGGUUAAUGAAUACAGUCCAGAUAUAUCCUAGACCCCGAGGGAGAGAGGGAGAGAGGGAAGAAGG